CAUACACACACAGAGGUUGUAAGGAGGUAUGUGCUUCAGCCCUCCUGAUCAUGUCGACUCGUGGAUGUUUGUCUGGUUAUAUCCUUCUCACAGUCAGAGUCUUUAGGUACCUGGAGGUCGACCUCAGACGUUUUACACCAUGUCAGCGGUGACCAAUCAGCCUCUUCCCUUCGGUCAACUGGAAAGAGAGAAGCACAUCCAGAUGAUCUUCAAAGCUUUCCAGAAACACUGCGGGCCUUCAUGUGAAUGCCACACUCACCACCCUCGGCCCAAACGCACCCAAACACCUCCUGACUGUCAAUCUGAUGGGCAGCUGUCAGGUGUGGCUCCUGGGAGGAUGAUGAACAACGGAUUCAUGCAGCAACCAGGGAAAGUCAGUCUGCCAGGGGUGGAGGAGCCUGGAGGUGCAGCUGGAUCACACUUCCUGUCUGUGCUGGAAACAGUCAGUCAAAUACACAUCACUGCCAGACCAGAGCUGCAAGGUCCACAAUGUGUUCCAAGGAGGAUCUACAGCAUCAGCACAGGAGGUCACAGGUCACAGUUAUUUAUGGCUGUGGAAGGUACUGAUCCAUGUUCAGCUACACAUGUCUUAACUGAGCCCAUAAUUUGCUUUUCAUAUGAAGAUAGUGUGGGUUUUAAUGUUUUUCAGUGUAUUGUCUUUGAUCUGUCAGAGAGUUCCUGUGUGUGCCUCCAGUGUUGCGGUCCAGCUCGGGCCUGUUCCCUGCGGGGGUUCGACUGUCAGAGCCGGCAGGUCUUUUAUUUUGAAAGGCCCCUCAGAGUGGACGCCUGCUGUCUCGGCUGCUGCCUGAUGGAGAUGAGGGUGUACACACCUCACAAACAACUCAUAGGCACUGUGUUUCAGAGGUGGAGCAUGUUCACCCCUCUCCUGGAAGUGUGUGAUUCAGAAGGAGCAUCCACCAUCAGAAUCCAGGGCUCCUGCUGUCCAUCCCGAUGCUUCUCUAACCAGCAAUUCCAGAUUGUCUCCAACAUUGGGGAGAAAAUGGGCUCGAUAUGGAAGAAAUGGCCUGGCUUCAAUGACGAUUAUAACAUGGACCAUGAAUAUUUUGGGUUGGAAGUGCCACUCGGUAUGGAAUCACACUCCAAACUAAUGCUGCUGGCAGCCACUUUCUUGUUGAAUUACAUGUUCUUUGAAAUGAGCUGAUCCAUGAAAAGGAUCAAUAAAAAGGUAAACUGACA